AGAAUAGAGAAUUACGAGCGGUGGCUCCGUACUAAAAUAAUACCAAAUUUACCGCCUAAUUCAGUCGUGGUAGUCGACAAUGCAUCGUAUCAUAACAAACAACUCGAUGCCGCACCAACGUCCACCACUAAGAAAGCAGACAUGCAAACCUGGCUCCAACAAAAAGAAAUUAAAUUUGAUGAAUCCAUGCUAAAGCCGGAGUUAUACAACUUAAUAAAAAAAUAUAAAGAACAAUUUAAGAAAUUUAAUAUCGAUGCUAUAUGGAACUGUUAUAUCAUAGCCUUGCACCCUAUGUGGCUGACAUACUAUUGUGAAAAAAACGAAACAGGCCAUGCGGUACUUCGUUUGCCUCCAUAUCACCCGGACCUUAAUCCCAUCGAAAUGGCCUGGUCCCAAAUUAAAGGAUAUGUCGCCAGCAAGAAUGUAAGUUGGAACCUUGCACGGAUAACUGACUUAAUUAAUGACAAAGUGAAUUUAAUGGGAGCAACAGAAUGGUCGAAGUUAUGCACCAAGGUAAAGGAAAUAGAGGCCGAUUACUGUAAAAGCGAUCAUGUGGUAGAUAUGAUGACAGAAACAUUUGUUAUUCACGUAGGGGAUGAUGAUUCUGAGUCAAAGGACGAUGAGAGCUCAAGUGACGGAAGCGACGAUGAUGAAAUGGCCACCUCUAGCACCAACACCGCGUCCUCAUCUGGAUUUCACGUCACCCAUGACGAUUUAAUGGAAGGAGUUUCACCUUUACUUUAAUUUUUUUAAACAUUCUAGAUUAAACAUUUUAAACUG